AUGUCAAAUAAUUAUCAACCGAAUAGUAAUUCUACAACUAAUAAUAAUUCAACUCCAAAAUCACUACAUCCAGAACCAACUACAACUACAUCAACAACAUCAAAUUCAUCAUCUAUACCUUUACAACCACCAGCCCCUCAUUUUCCAAAUUCAUAUAAUAGAUCAUCGUAUUCAAACUAUGAAAUAGACACUAAAACACAAUCACAAACUCCACAACAACAAACUCAACCAAUAUAUAAUUAUCCACCAGUCCCACCACAUCAACAUCAACCUGCUUCAUAUUUAAAUAAUGAUAUUUUCACUGCACAGCAACAACAAAUACAACAACAAUAUCAUCCAUUACCUAUUCCUCCAAUGGAUUAUCAACCUAUAAAUCAAAUGAGUCAAAUGAAUCAAAUACCACAACAAUAUUAUCAACAACCAAUACAUCAACAACAACAACUACAACAACAACUACAACCACAACAAGAAGAAAAAACACUAGAUGUGAAAAAGGGUAGAAAACCAAGAAGAAAAAGUCAUGAUGUUAAAGAAGAAAGUGUUGAAGGUAAUAAUAGUGGUACUAGUACUGAAGCAACACCAAAACCAAUUACAAAAAGAUCAAGAAUGGGUUGUUUAACUUGCCGACAACGUAAAAAAAGAUGUUGUGAAACUAGACCUAGAUGUACUGAAUGUAGUAGAUUACGUUUGAAUUGUAGUUGGCCAAAACCAGGUACUGAACAUAAAAAUAAACCAAAAGAUCAAAAAGAAGAUGAAAAUACUAUUGAACAUGAGAUUUAUGGAAGAAUUAAAGUGUUGAGAGGUAUAGUGGAAUAUAGAAGUAAAUAA